CUUGGGUCCAGAAAGUCGGCGACGGUCGACCAGCACAACAGUCUUUCAGAGUCAAGAAGUUGUCGCUCGAAUUUGCUGUGGGGUUAGGCUCUUUAUCGCCUUCUGCUACCUUCUUCGCGACACGGAUACAUUUCCAUUUAUCGCCUUGAUUCCACCCGCCGAGUCCAUCCAAAAUGGCCAAGAAAGCGUCUCGCCCGGCCGCUUCGAAAACUUCCUCCGCUGCGUCGCCCGCGGUAACAGGAUCGACACAGAUCGGAAAUCAGUCUUCAAUCUUGAAGGCGUCUUUCGCUCCAUCAGAGUACCAACUGACACUCUUCGCGUCGGUCAUUCAAGGCCUUGGUGCUCAGCAUCUCCGCAUUCACGAUACGAACACAGGACGGUUACAGUGCGAGCAUGUUUUGGGCCCCAAGGAGAUUGUGACCUCAUUAGACUGGGGUUAUUUCGCCGGUCGCCAGAAGGACAAGGAUCAAUCGAAGAAGAAGAGAAAGAGGAAUUCCGAUAUCAAUGGGGGCGCUUUCGAUCAGGGCGAUGUCGUCGUCGCCUUUGGAACCAACAUCUCUGAGAUCCGAAUGUAUUCGCCUGUCGAUGAUAAGAUUGUCGGCACGCUUGCCGGUGGACACGACAAGGGAAUCAAAGAUUUCAAGUUUAGUACCAGUCGGCCCGGAAAGGAGGGUUGGAGCAUUGGCGGAGAUAGCAAGCUAGUGCAGUGGGACCUCCGCACCGGACAGAAGACAAGAACCGUCCAUCUACCUUCCACGUCGACAUAUAAUACACUCUCGCGUCCUCUUCCUUCUAACCCCCAUGUCAUCUGCGCCUCGCAAACGCCGUAUAUUGUUAGCGUCGAGAAGGACGAACCGCCUGUGUCGUUCGAUGCUAUGCGCAAUCCUAUCAGACAAAUCUUCACAUCUUCAGCAGAGUCUGCAGGGACGGGACUGUUCCUCGUAUCCGAUAGUGAUCGCUACAUUAAUGUCUUCGAUGCCGAGAAACAGGGACUUGUCAUGAACCUUGUGGCUGAGCAGGGUGUGAGCUCCCUAGCUUUGUAUACCGGCGCCGAAAAGAGCGGCGAUGCUCUACCGGUAGAGAAGCAAGUUCUCGCCGCUGUGACUGAGGAUGGCACGAUUGAACUCUUCACGCGGCCAUUCGUAACGCCCGUUGAGCAGACUUCUGCCAAGGGUGCUGCUCAGCAGAGGGCCAGAUCUAAGCAGGCCAUCAGGAGAGCAGAGGCAUCGAUCAAGGUCACCAUGUCUGCUACUUCCGAGGCGCCUGUGUCAGUUGUGGCAGCGACGUUCCAAGGCCCCGACCUGGUUGUUGUCUGGGCCGACGGUGGUGUCGUUCCUGUCUUCGAGCGGAUCCAAUGGCUCGAUGAGGAAACCGAUGAGGUGUUAUUCACUGGCACUAGGACCUUUCCUAGAACCAAGACUGGCGGAGUCUUGGGUUCCGUCACCACGAACGGAACAAGAAGCGCCAGAGAAGACGAUGUCGACCAGUCCAGGGCCACGGUAGAGCAGGGAAACAUCAUUGAAGAUGACAUUGAAAUGCAAGAUUCUAAGGAAGAUGCUGCUUCCCAGGCCGACAGCGAAGAAGAGUCCGACUCCGACGCCGACAACGAGAAGCCCCCGAAGCAGUUGCAGAAGAAGGAGGAGGAGGACAGCGAUGUUGAAAUGGGUAAUGAGCAAGAGUCGGGCUCCGAGGACGAAGAGGAGGAGACUGGCGAGCCGUCUUUCGGUGAGCUUGUGCGCGCUAACCAGGAAAUCGUUGACGUCGAAGCCGAGCUCGAGGACGACGUGCAUAUGGGAUCCCUGAUUCCCGGAAAGCCAAACGCCGCGAUCCAGCAAAUCCCUUCGGGCGUGUCACUGUCCACCGUUCUCACUCAGUCUCUUAAGACCAACGAUACCGCUAUGCUCGAGUCAUGCUUCCACACCGGCGACCUCUCUAUCAUCCGCACUACCAUCCAACGCCUCGACUCGUCCCUGGCAGCCACUCUCCUUCAGAAACUCGCAGAGCGCCUUUCCGGUCGCCCCGGUCGUUACGGGCACCUGCUCGUUUGGGUUCAAUGGACCUGCGUUGCGCACGGUGGGGCUCUUGCUAGUAAGCCCGAGCUUCUGAAGCGGAUGUCGACCCUCUUCAAGGUCAUGGAGCAGCGCUCUUCAAGCCUUCCUUCGCUGCUCCUGCUCAAGGGCAAACUCGAUAUGUUGGACGCCCAGCUCGGAUUGAGACGGUCGAUCCACAAUGGCGAAGAGGCCAUGGACAGCGAGGAUGAGGAGAACAUCAUUUACGUGGAGGGACAGGAGGAGGAAUACGAGGACAGCGACGCCGAGGCGAACAAGAACACCGUCACACCCCGCACCAAGUCGAUACGCGACCAGACCUACGACGAGGAGGAGUCGAUGAUGAACGGCGUGCACUACGGUGGAGACUCUUCCGAGGAUGAAGAAGAAGGCAGCGAGGAAGAGGAGGACGAGGACGAGAAUAUCCUCGAUGUCGAGGCGGAAGAGUCCGCUGGCUCCUCGGAUGCGGAGGAGUCCCUCGAAGAAGAUGAAGACGAGGAUGCCGAGGAUGCCGAGAGCGUCGGCUCCAUGGUGGACUUCAUCGCAGACACGGAGGACGAGGAAGAGUCUGAUGACGAGGCCACUUCCGCUCCUCAGCCUCCACCUUCCAAGAAGGCCCGGCUGACCGGCGGUGGCGGUGGUGGACGAGGCAAGGGCAAGAAGGCAGGCAGAAAAUAGGCGAUAGAUCAAAGGCUCUCUCUUUUUUUGUUCACUCUCAUCACCUUGUCAUCCCAUCUUCUACCACGUCACCUACCUCUCCUACCAUUAGAUUUUAUACCCCCGUUCUUCAGCAGCAGCAGCAGCGGCAACAGUAAUGUUGGUGUCAUUCUCCCAGGGUGUUUUAUUAUUGCCAUCAGCCUAAAAAAAAAGUACAGAGAGAGAGGGAGGGCGGGAUGUGUUGAGUUACGAGUAAAGGAUCAUGUUCUGAUUGGUUCCAACUGGGAUUUUGUUUGUCGUUUUCACCUCGAGUUUCCCACCAUUUGUCGCAUGCUAGAAUUAGGGCCUGAGCCAAAAAAACAGGGGUGGGAGGGAAGAAGGGGUUAG